AUGGCGCCCAUCCAAACGCAGACGAUUACCCCUCACCAAUUCAGCAACCCAGUCACUGUCAUUCGAGCAUCAGGACGCAUAUCGAAGCCACCAGCGCGAUCAACGCGUACGCAGACCAAAGCAUUGUUGUCUCAUUCGCCACAAAUACCUACCGCCCACCCAGACAUCGACAUCAGUCUGCUCCGUAACAAGUUGCUCCUUCAGUGCCGCCAGUACAUCCCUUCAGAGCUUCUCCACGAAGCACUGGCAGACGGCAUCUACUCACGCGCAACACACUGGAUCACGCCCUCCUCCAACGCUGCGUCAAAGUUCGGCAAGCGGAAGCGCUACUACGUCUUGCAUAGCGCGAACUUCACGUUUCAAUCCAUGGGCAGCGCGUGGGAGGCGCGGAUUCUAUCUAGAGGCAGCCAGCCCAUCGAUGCAGGAAACGGAGUAGUCGUCUUCGUCAAGGAGAGGAAAGAAUGGGACGCAUUCAUGGCGGGGUACAGAAGGCAAGGAAAGCGAGCGGGGCAGCUAAUGAGGCUCAAGCAAAAGGAUACAGAGCGAGGGUGGAGAGAUGCGUGGAAGAGGAAAUGCGGGAUGGAGGAGGGCGGCGGCAAGGAAGUCAACGCUGGGCCAAUGUGGGUGCUGGUCAAGAGCGCUGUUUCGAAGAUUGUCAGAGGUGAGGCGUGA